ACAUUAUGGACCUAGCUAGGCAGAUCACAUGCAUGGAAUGAGCAUGAGCCUGACAUAUAAAAUCAUCUGCAAAUCCAGAGCUGGGCAGGCGGUCAGGGCAGGGUGAUCGAUGAUGAUGAAGGUUAGCCCAAGGGUCAGCGUUCACGUUUGCUUGUGCAACACUAGACCUGGGAAGGAGUGCCCACAUUACAAUAAAAGAGGGGACAUCACUCACCACAGCGCCACAGCCGAUUCACCAGAGAAAAUGAAGCCGGAGCAGGCCACCCACAACAAGAUGGCGACGGCGACGUCCUCCCCGUCUCCUGUGCUCGGCCUGCGGGGCGUGGUGAGCUCCCUCGUCGCCUUCUUCAUCGUCGUCAGCUCCGUCUCCCUGCUCUUCGACCGCGGCCACGAGUCGCAGGUGCAGCUGGCGGUCCAGCACCGGCACCAGGAGGUGAAGGUGGCCGCGGCGGGGCGCCGCGACGCGCAGGUGCAGUGGACGGACGAGCUCAUGGGCGAGGCCGUGAGGGGCUCCGGGGAGGAGUGCAACUGGUCCUUGGGACGGUGGGUGUACGACAACGCCUCCCAGCCGCUCUACUCCGGCCUCAACUGCUCCUUCAUCUUCGACGAGGUCGCCUGCGAGAAGUACGGCCGGAAUGAUACCAGGUACCAGCAUUGGAGAUGGCAGCCCGAUGGAUGUGAUCUUCCAAGGUUCAACGCCACCAAACUGCUCGAAAAGCUGAGGAACAAGAGGAUGGUCUUCGUGGGCGACUCAAUCAACAGGAACCAAUGGGUCUCCAUGGUUUGCAUGGUGGAGGCCUCCAUCCCUGAAGGACAAAAGAUGCGCGUUUACAAUGGCUCGCUUAUCUCCUUCACGGCAUUCGAAUACAAUGCGACAAUCGACUUCUACUGGUCGCCGCUGAUACUAGAAUCCAACAGCGACAACCCGAUAAUUCACCGGGUUGAGUACCGGAUCAUACGGGCGGAGAAGAUUGAGAAGCAUGCCCGUGCCUGGGGCAAUGCUGACGUUAUUGUUUUCAACUCUUACCUUUGGUGGAGGAAGCAGAAGCCCGAUAUGAAGAUGAAGGUCAUGUACGGCUCAUUUGAGGAUGGUGAUGCAAAGCUAGACGAAGUGGAGAUGGUGGAAGGUUUCGAGAUUGCUCUCAAGAAACUAACCGAGUGGGUGGGAGCGAAUGUCAACAACAAGACUAAAAUCUAUUUCGCAGGCUCGUCGCCUACCCAUACCUGGGCAAGCGACUGGGGUGGAGACGACAGCAACAAGUGCCUGAACGAGUCCGAGCCGAUCCAGAAGGUGGGGUACAAAGGCGCGACCACGGACUACAGCAUGAUGGACAAGGCGAAGCACAUCUUCAGACCACUGGAGCAGAAAGGCAUAAGCGUUCAGAUACUCAACUUCACCCAGCUGACCGACUACCGCAUCGACGCGCACCCCACCGUGUUCCGGCGGCAGUUCACCCCCCUCACGGCGGAGCAGAUCGCCAACCCGAGCAGCUACGCCGACUGCACGCAUUGGUGCCUCCCCGGCGUCCCGGACGUGUGGAACCACUUCCUCUACUCGUAUCUCGUGCAGAAAUCAUGAUGUAAAUAUACAUAUGCAUGCCAUUUCUUGUUCGUUCGGGGUCUUGUUUUCCCGGUUGUGGGAGGGUCUAGAUUAGGCCGCUGCUGCCUUAAUGUAUAGGACAUGCCCCGCGUCAAAAAAAGAGAGAAGGUUUCUCUGCACUUCUUGUAAAGAGCCAAGGAAGUGUAUAUGAGAUUAUGAGUACUAGUAGUACAAAUGCCCGUGCGUUGUAUCGGGCUAGAAAAAAGUGCAGAAGGAGGGGAGGGUGUUAAGCAAA